CGUCUUAUUUAGAAGAGCUGCGCGGCGCGUCUUAGCGGGUGAUUAGGGCUGGUUGCCACUCCAGCGCUCAGGCGUCUGCUGACCUUGGCCUCGGGCCGGCGUGGCCUCUCCUGACAGCGCAAGGCGACAGGACUCAUUUUUGUCUCCAUAGGUGCUGAUGCUGGUUUGUGGAAGAAGAUUGCUCACAGCUCUGCUGCAGGCUCGGAGGUGGCCCUUUCAACCCUCUAGAGACAUGAGGCUGGUACAGUUCCAGGCACCCCACCUGACAGGACCUCAUCUGGGCCUGGAGUCAGGGAAUGGUGGGGGUGUCAUCAACCUCAGUGCCUUCGACCCCACACUGCCCAAGACAAUGUUGGAGUUCCUGGAGCAGGGAGAGGCUGCUCUCUCGGUGGCAAGAAGAGCCCUGGCUGCCCAGUUGCCAGUCCUACCACGGUCAGAGGUGACGAUCCUGGCCCCAGUCACACGGCCAGACAAGGUGGUGUGCGUGGGCAUGAACUACAUGGACCACUGCAGAGAGCAGAAUGUGCCGGUGCCCAAGGAGCCCAUCAUCUUCAGCAAGUUUGGCAGCUCCAUCGUGGGCCCCUACGAUGAGAUCGUGCUCCCACCUGAGAGCCAGGAGGUGGACUGGGAGGUGGAGCUGGCCGUGGUCAUUGGAAAGAAGGGCAAGCACAUCAAGGCUGCAGAUGCCAUGGCCCAUGUGGCUGGCUUCACUGUGGCACAUGACGUGAGUGCUCGUGACUGGCAAAUGACACGCAAUGGAAAGCAGUGGCUGCUGGGAAAAACCUUUGACACCUUCUGCCCCCUGGGCCCUGCCUUGGUGACCAAGGACAGUGUAGCAGACCCACACAACUUAAAGAUCUGCUGCCGCGUGAAUGGGAAUGUGGUCCAGAGCAGCAAUACUAACCAGAUGGUGUUUAAGACAGAAGAGCUGAUAGCCUGGGUCUCCCGAUUUGUCACUGUCUAUCCAGGAGACAUCAUCCUGACUGGGACCCCCGCAGGAGUCGGUGUAUUCAGGAAACCUCCUAUCUUCCUCAAGAAGGGUGAUGAAGUCCAGUGUGAGAUUGAGGAACUGGGUGUCAUCGUCAACAAGGUGGUGUGAUGGCCUCUGCUGCCAGCGUGGACUUAUGAUGAGGUGGGGGCAUGUGUUCCCAUGGAGCUGAGCACAGGGAGAGGCCUGGUGCCACCCGAGGAUGCUUCUUCCUCAAUAAACUUUUAUUGUCUGUC